AUGGCGGACACUGUCUUGAAGCAUCGAGCUGAGUUUGCCUUUGCUCAGCUUGAGAACGAGAGAGCUCUGACAUCUCUUCGUGACGAGCUAAGGGUAGCUCGUGGGAAUGUUGAUCGGUCUCGGGAUGAGAUAGCUGCUCUUCAGACCCUUGUCGAUGCCCACCAUCGGGAGCACAAGGCUCUCUGCGAGAUGCUUGAGCGCAAGGGCGUUCUUCAUCGAAAGAAGCAGCGUACUGAUUGCUUGAGCGCAAGGGCGUUCUUCAUUGGAAGAAGCAGCGAGAUGCUUGAGCGCAAGGGCGUUCAUCAUCGGAAGAAGGAGCGUACUGACAGCUGCUCAACUAGAUAG